AUGAUGGAAAUCGAGUUGCUUUUACUUAUUCAACGAGGAAUAAUGCAAGUUCAACCACGAUUAAUAUUUUGGGAUGCCGAAUCCGAUACCGUAUCAUAUUUUGAUUUUAUAACUGGUAUGACUGAUCAGCAGCAAAUCGAGGCAGAAGCUAACGUUGGGUUGAAAUGUCCAAUUACUGCCGCUAUCAGAAUAAAUGAAAAAGAACAGUCACGGUUUCGUUUGUUGGAGCAUAUUCCAGGCUGCUUUAGCUGGGACACUGAUGAUAAUCGGUUUCUCGUAUGUGAGGCGAACAAUCGCUAUCCGGAAAAAGGUCAAAGCUAUUUAUUGACAAUGUUUUUCUCAAUGGAAUAUGGCUUACAAAUGCAAGAUUUAUUCCCAAAAUCAACCAGAUCGGAGAAACUAUUAAAACUUUCCAUACCUUUUUUAUAUUUUGUUAAAAAAAUAGAUGACGACGAUGAUGAUACCGAAACUGAAAAAUCAAUCGGUAAUUUACUUUUGAGAAAAUGCUUAAGAGAAUUUGUUGGUUUGGAGACAGCCGAUAAUCAAACAAAAAAAGUUAGUAGUGAAAGUGUUUGGGAACAUAUGGCUCACAUGUGUGUAAAGACAAGACGCCUGGAUGUUGCAUCGGUUUGCUUGGGAAAUAUGGGUCAUGCACGUGGAGUACAAGCACUGAGGAGAGCAAAAGAAAAUGGGGAAUGCGAAGAAGUACAAAUUGCUAUAUUAGCAAUACAACUUGGCCUUAUUGACGAAGCACAAUCACUUUUUGCAUCUUGUGGACGUUACGACUUACUUAAUCGACUUCUGCAGUCAAGAAAUAGGUGGACUGAGGCAUUUGAUGUCGCUGAGCACCAUGAUCGAAUUAAUUUAAGGAGUACUUAUUAUAAUCAUGCACAAUAUUUGGAAUCGAUAGGAUCUUUUGAAAAGGCGAUUGAAAGCUAUGAGAAAUCGAAUACGCACGCUUUUGAGAUACCCAGAAUGAUGCUAAACGAUCCUAAAAAUCUGGAAGCAUAUAUUACCAAAGAGCAAAAAAAUCCAAAAUUAAUGAAAUGGUGGGCUCAAUAUAUGGAAAGCAGUGGCAAUAUUAAAGCUGCGAAAUAUUACUACGAGUUAGCCAAAGAUUAUCUAUCACUCGUUCGAUUGCUUUGUUCUAAUAAUUUGAUUGAUGAAGCAUGUGAAGUCGCAAAGAAGAGUAAAGACAAGUCUGCUUGUUAUCAUUUGGCACAAUAUUAUGAAGCACAUGGCGACUUUAAUUCUGCUAUAAAUUUUUUUGCAAAGGCACAUGCUUAUAACAGUGCUACACGAUUAGCGAAGGAACAUCAUAUGAAAGAUAAAUUGGCGAAUUUCGCUUUAUUAGCAGGCGGUAACGAACUUGUUGAAGCAGCUCGUUAUUAUGAAGAGAACACCGAAGAAACUGAUAAAGCUGUUAUGCUCUAUCAUAAAGCUGGUUUAAUUGGAAGAGCUCUCGAUCUUGCAUUUCGCACGGAACAGUUUAGUGCUUUGGAUUUAAUUAUAAAGGACCUCGAUCAAACCUCUGAUACUGUAAGCCUUGAAAGAGCAGCAGAAUUCUUUAUCAACAAUCAGCGAUAUGAAAAAGCUGUCCAACUUUUGGCUUAUGCAAAAAAGUUUUCUGCGGCGAUAGACCUGUGUGCCGAUAAAAAUGUGCCCAUCACAGAGCAGAUAGCUGAAUUGCUUACUCCAACCAAAGAUGCUAUUAUGAACCAGGUUGAACGCAAUGAUUUACUCGAAAAGCUUGCUGAAUGUUGUGUGCAACAACGAAAUUACCACUGUGCCGCCAAAAAAUUCACUCAAGCUGGCAAGAAACACCAUGCUAUGAGUGCACUGCUAAAAUCAAGCGAUACAGAAAAGAUAAUUUUUUUUGCAAAUACAGCAAGAGAUAAAGAAAUUUACAUUAUGGCAGCAAACUAUUUGCAAACUCUCGACUGGAAGUCGGAUGCAAAUUUAAUGAAGCAAAUAGAAAUCUUCUACAAUAAGGCUACUGCAUUUGAACAUCUUGCUAGCUUUUACGAAGUUUGUGCCCAAGCUGAAAUUGAUGAAUAUCAGGAUUACAGUAAAGCAUAUGCUGCACUGAAGGAAGCUCAUCACUAUCUUGCCAAAGCACUUGAAAGAAAAUCGGGCAAUAACGAUUACAUAUUGGGUAAACAAGGCGAACUUCAGCAAGCCAUAUCCUCGAUUAACAAAUUUCUGAGAAUUCGCACCGUUUAUGAAAGUGAUCCAGAUGAUGCGAUACGACAAGUUGAGAAUCUAUUGCGAACAACUGAAACUGAAUGCGGUGUUCGUAUUGGUGAUAUGUACGCAGUUGUAAUUCUCCAUUAUUAUCGAAGAAAUGACUACCGAAAGGCAUAUUCAUUGAUUCAAGAAUUGCAACGGCGUCAGAAGCAAAUCAAUUUAUUAAAUUAUAUAAAUCCGAAAAUCUUAAAUAAUAUUUGUGAUGAACUGAACCUACCAAGGCCGAUCAGUAAAGACAGUAAAGAAGAGCCGGAAAUGGAAGCAAAUCUCGAAGAUCUCGUCGAAUAUAGUUAUGCAAUGAAGAAAUGCUUAGAAGAAGAAGGAAAAAGCGAUCUCGAUAAGCACUAA